CUGUUUGUGGCAGGCUUUUACUUCCAUACUCAAAUCAAGCAGUGUCUAUUCACCCCAAAAGAAUGGACCUUGGCAAGAGUUUGCAGUAUCAUUUUUCCAAGUUCCACCUUCAGGGGAAAAAAAACUCGGUGGCUACAUAUAGAUGCUGUUUCCUUAAGUGAAUCGCUAAUAAUGGGUCUGAUCUAAUCUAAUACCCAAGGCUUCCAUGAUAAUUAUACCCAAAAGAAACAGAGUGUAUUCUAAAGUCUCUAGAUUGAACAUUAUCAGGCAAAGUUUUUGCCACACAGUAGGCAUAGGCUUUUUAUUAAGAGUAAAAAAUUAAAAGCAUUUGGUAUAAAUCGAAAGCUAGCCAGGGAAAUGCUAGUGGCUCAUUCUUUUUUUGUUUUUGAGAGUCCAAGCUUUCUAACAGACCCUUUUCUGAUUUAAAAAAAAAAAAAAAAAUCUGAGCACAAAACCAUCUCAUCUGAAAUGAGAAACCGAGACUCAGAGAGGUUAAGAGACUUACCUAGUACUCAAUGUGGGACUAGAACCCAGGUCUUCGGAUCCUUUGGUGAUCAUCUAUAAUUACGUCCAUAGACUAACCUUGACAGAGGGACACGAGCAACAGGUGAGUUCCCCUCAACCUGUGGUAAACAGUGCCCAGCCAAUCUGAGGAGAGGGUCGCCAAUGAUUUCCCUUCCAAUGGGAGACAUUUCACUUCCAGUGCUGCCCAGCAUGACCCAGCUGAGACAUGAAACCGUCAGAUGACUCGGUGAAGAUAACUGGAAGGAAGCAGUUUAUUGCACUUUGUUACACGCCGGGUACUCUUGUACUCACACCGUCUCAUUUCAUUUAAUUCUCAUGAUUACCCUGAGCCACGUGUCCUUCUCCCCUUUGCACUGAUGAGGAAGCAGUUUCGAAGGGGGGGCACCACCUAACACAGUGUGCCUGGCACAUAGAGGGAGCCCGGGAAAAAGAGACGGUGAGUAACAUACCCAGGGGAACACAGCUACCGGAGGGGUCUGAACACAGCUCUGUCUACGUACUCAGCCUAAAGGGCCUCUCUUGUGAAUUUUCAGCCACCUUCUCCCCCAACAAAAGUUCACAGGCCAAGGAAAAGGAAGGAGGUUCCCCUGUGCAUGUAAAGCCCCAGGUUCUUUGCCAAAACCUUUGCUCCUGUCUUGAACACCUGUGCGUGGUAACCCUCUGAGCCAUUCGGGAGACAAACCGUGAGGUGGUUCUACAGGACGGUGAAUGAGGAAGGGGUGCCCAUCAUGGGUGCAGUGUGAGAAGCCUAGGAUCAGAGAGUCCUGCCGACCUACACCAAACCCUAACUUCAUCAUGUACUCGCCGUGUGACCUUCGUCAAGUUCUUCAACCUCUCUAAACUUGUUUACCUUUUUAUCAGUGAGAACAGUAAAACUUACCUCAUUGGGUUGCUGUUUGGGCAACACAGAGCCAGAACUCAAGAAAGGGUAGCCGUUGGGGUGUCACUGUGUGGCAGUCGCCUAUGUUACAGUACUGUCACCCAUGCUUUGGGGUGCACUGACCGCAGUGGGGUCCCUGAAAUAGUGAAAUAGAUAUUUACACAUCUGUAGUACAAAAGUCACAUGUGCUUAUUGGAGAAUAUUCAAACAAAUGUAUUAAAGAAAAUCCUCCGUAACGCCCUCCCUCCAGAUAACAGUUGACGAUUUGCAUGUUAUGAUGUUCCAGAUAUGUUACUAUGUGGGUAUUAAAAAACACACUCCAACUUUCUUAUUUUUUGUAUGAGACCGUGUAUCUGCAGUCUGGAUGGCUUGCUUGUUUGAUUUCCCACUUGAUAGAUAAUAUGUCACGGUCAUGGUUCUGUGUCAGGAUGCAGAGGUCUGUCUUUCGGCUUCGUGACUGUGGUUCACUACCCUGCGUACUUGCUGUUUCACACCAUGAUUUGAGCUCUCGUGUCUGCAGGGUUCUGCUGGCUGCUCCGUGACCCUGGCCGCGGGGCACCUGAAACAGCAGGUUUCUGCGAAGGUUGAGUUUCUCCCCUUCCUUCUGGUUAUCUGGUGCCCCCUGCCUCUUCAGUCCACUUGCUCUGUGUUUACCUGCAUGCAUGUGACCCAUCUAGAAAGUCUGUGGUCCUCAGGCCCUUUCAGAUUGGCUGUGACAAGACCAAGGGGAUGGUGGGCUCUUCGGGUCAAGAAGUUAAGUGACUUCUUUAGGGUCACCCUGGCAGCGCAGGACAGCUGAGCAUUCGGCCCCAAACCUGAAGUUGUUCUCGUCCCUUCUCCGCUUCCAGUCCUCUCUUCCCUGACACAUGAUUCCUCCCCCUGCCGGCCCUCCCACAUCCCACCUCUGCCCUUGACCUUCUGCUGUCUCUGCUCACUCCCGCUCUGUUGCCUUCUCAUGAUGCGUUUGAGUGAACGUACCUAGACUAUAAUGUUGUAGUUCAAUUAAUAGAAUGUCAGAAGUUAGUAAAACAGGUAAGGCUGUAUCCACAUCAUUGUUUCUGUACAUUGUUUAUUGGGAGCAGGUGGGGCUGGAAAAUGAAGAUAAGUGCUUUGCCAGUGUUUACCGCCAACAGUUUCUUGUAUUUGACUGUGAUAUUUUAAGCUUGAUUACCUCCCCCGGUUGAUAUGUUGCCUCUAAACUCAGCUGGCAUCUCUUGGCUUCAUCGUAACAUGGCUCGAAAUACACACUUCUGUGCGACAGAGCUCGGCUAAAAUAAGCACCGAAGGGCUAUUCGUUGCAGCAAAGUUGGGAAAAGGGAUGGGAUGUCAGCGCUUGGAGUUGCCGUUAACGGGACUGUUUUAUUUUCCGGAUGCCGUGUGAAUGCUAACGUGUUGUUUCUGCUCUGUUCCCUCAUGCCUUCCCGGAUUCAGAGAGAGAGAUUUUGCUUACGUAGCAAGAGACAAAGAUACGCGAAUUUUGAAAUGUCAUGUAUUUCGAUGUGACACACCAGCAAAAGCCAUCGCCACAAGUCUCCACGAAAUCUGUUCCAAGAUUAUGGCCGAACGGAAGAAUGCCAAAGCCCUGGCCUGCAGUUCCUUACAGGAAAGAACCAAUGUGAGUCUCGACGUUCCCUUGCAAGUAGAUUUUCCAACACCAAAGACUGAGCUGGUCCAGAAGUUCCACGUGCAGUACUUGGGCAUGUUACCCGUAGACAAACCUGUCGGAAUGGAUACCCUGAACAAUGCCAUAGAAAGUCUUAUGACCUCAUCUAACAAGGAGGAUUGGCCGUCAGUGAACAUGAAUGUGGCCGAUGCUACUGUGACUGUCAUCAGUGAAAAGAAUGAAGAGGAAAUCUUAGUGGAGUGCCGCGUGCGAUUCCUGUCCUUCAUGGGCGUCGGGAAGGAUGUUCAUACAUUUGCCUUCAUCAUGGACACCGGGAACCAGCGUUUCGAGUGCCACGUUUUCUGGUGCGAGCCUAAUGCGGGUAACGUGUCUGAGGCGGUACAGGCCGCCUGCAUGUUACGAUACCAGAAGUGCUUGGUAGCCAGGCCGCCUUCACAGAAAGUUCGACCACCUCCUCCGCCAGCAGACUCAGUGACCAGAAGAGUCACAACCAAUGUAAAACGAGGGGUCUUAUCCCUCAUUGACACUUUGAAACAGAAACGCCCUGUCACAGAAACGCCAUAGCUGCAUAUGCUACAGGAUUCUGUAAUAUUUACCUGAAGAUUGAAUAGCUACACUAAAGAAGAUGAACUGAUAUCUGGCCUUCCAUUCAGUUGCUGAUGCUUUGUCUUCAGAGAAUUUAUCCUUAACCAAACAGUGUUAGACAAGCAUGUUCUCUCGUCUUGCCACCAUCAUGUGAUAUGAAAAGAAGCAUGACUAAUUUUUUUUGCUAUCAGUAAGAUACAUCAUGAGCAGUGGAAGGUCUUUUUCUUAUUGUAAAUAUCGUGAACAUUAACUUCACACACACGGAGAAGAAUGUGGCCACACCCCUCCUAGUGAACUAACGCUGAGUCCUUGGAGUGAAUGACGCCUGAGUUAGUUUCACUGUCUUGACUGGAUCUGUCACAAGCAAUGUUUAAGUCCUGCAGCACUUGGCCCUGUUGCCAACAUUGGAGUAGCCACUGCGUACCAGAUACCAUUGAAUUGCUGUAAAACUAGGAUGAUGGGUUUUUGUUGCAGUCUUUCAUGAAAUUGAACCUUUGGGUUGACAGAAUUGGCUGUUGGCAUCAGUACAGAAACCAACCGGCAGCUUUCCUUGACAAGCCCUUUGACACAUGGACACCAUUUCAUGUCUGCAGCUGUUUUGUGGGAUGUUGGGGAAAAAGUGAAACUUGAAAAUUGAAAAACAAACCAAAUUUGAGAAAUUAAAAUUGAACAAAAAAGAGCCUUUCUUUCUAGACGGUUUUCAAACUGAUUAUUAAAAACAAGAAAGAUUUAAGAAAAGCCUAAUGCAUUUCGGGUAGGACAUGUUUCAAACUUCUGCCUUAUAUUGUACAAUGCAGCUAGAGAAUUAUAGUUCACUCUGGCCCUUCUCUACAUAAACAUUAAAAUGAAAUCUUCCUCGUACGCCUUUUAUCCUUAGUUUGUUAAUUAGCCAAUAUGCAAUUUGGAGUUGAGGAAAUGUCAUUUAUAUUUUGGAUCUCCACCACCACAUUAUUUUGUUAGUCCGCCUCCUAGUGAAACCCACUAGGAUUCUGUAUCUAGCUCAGUCUUACCCUAAUGCUUUUUGCCCAGAAGGCUGUCUGUCCAUCAUGUAUUGUCCAUGGCAACAAAUUACAUUAAAUCUGAACCUUU